UCUGACAGUGUAUUGAGUCAAUACAUACUUUUUUCUUCCCCUCCCCCGGAAUACCGAAGCCAUUGUCACCGAUCGACAUAAAUCUUGAAAAUUUCACGAAUUGUCGCGGUCGCACGAAGGUCCAUAACCACGAGACACGUAGCAAUCGUUCCACCGUUCGUUUCGAACUAAGUUUUGUUAGAAAUUUAUACAUCGUUAGAAAGAUAAAAAGUCGAAUAGAGAUGAACAUGGUAGAAGAAUACGUGAACGCGAGCAAGUCUCAGUACCGCGACGCGUUCGACAUUAUCGAGGAAUUCAAGAAAGAGAUGUCCGAGAUGAGAGGGAAGUGCAUCGACAUCGGUUGCGGACCAGGGGACGUUACGAAGAAGCUGAUCCUACCUAGGUUGCCACUGGAAGCGGAGCUCAUAGGGGCGGACAUAUCGAAAGCGAUGACCGAUUACGCAAGGCAGAAGUACCAGGACGAGAAACGCUUGUCGUUCUUGCAAUUGGACAUCGAAACCUUGGCUUUACCUAACGAGGAAUUAGCCCAAUAUAGCAACGUACUGUCCUUUUAUUGCCUCCAUUGGUGUCAAAACUCUUGGAGGGCCUUCGACAAUAUUUACAAGUUGCUGCAGCCAGGAGGAAAAGCUCUGGUUAUGUUCCUGGCUUGGAACGACGGUUUCGAUGCCUACAUGAGGAUUCACGAGAACCCACGAUACAAACCAUAUAUGGAGGACGCAAAUCGCUUCGUGCCUUUUUUCCAUCGGUGCAAAGAUUCCCGAGCGGCAUUAAGGAAAAUGCUGGAGGACGUAGGCUUCGAGAUUCUACACUGUAGCAGGAGAGAAAAAAGCUUCGUUUACCAGAACAUGCAAAUAUUAAAACGUCAUAUGAUUGCGGUUAAUCCCUUCAUCUCGCGGAUCCCUGAUCACCUCAAAGAGGAGUUCGAGAAUGCGGUAGUGCGCGAAGUAGCGAGCCAGAAGAUCCUAUUCCCGAACAAAAACGACAACGGUCAACAAGAAUAUAGCAUUUUGGAUAGAUAUCACAUUCUUGUGGCCUAUGUAAAGAAGCCUACUGACACAUGCUGAAAAAUUCAUUAGGAAUUUCGUUUUAUGCGAUCACAGGGAUGAGAGUUUAUCAUUGUAUCCGUCGUUAUUAAUAAAACAGGUAAAAUGGCA